UUCGCCGACAACCUCGUGGCACGAUUAACAGAAGAGCUUGCGAAAAAUGUCGUCAACUAAAAAUUAAAUGCGAUGGUGAUGCUGAAAAAGAUUUACCAUGCACAAAUUGUGAUGCUGGAACUUGUGUGUUUGAUAAAUCCCCUCGCAAAAAUCGUCAAGUAGAAAAACUCAACACACAGGUCAACAAUUUGGAAAUAUCUUUGAGGCAAACCCAUAAUGACUUUAAACAAAAAUCCGAACAACUAAAAUAUACCAUCGAAAUUUUGAAAUUGGAAAAACAAAUUCAAAGCCUGUUAUUUGAUUGCUACGAUUAUUUUAACAACUGCCAAGAAAACCAAGAAAUCUAUGGACAAUUGAGAAAAUCCAUUGAAGAAAGCAGAUGUACAAAAUUGUACCUACAAUUAAUGAAAGCUUUUCUUGAAAAGUUAUUACGAAACGAAGACUCGAAUACCAUAAUUUCGAGUCUAAAGAUGAUUGCUGAAAACACAUUAUCUUGCUGCGAACCUGAGUCUUCUUUCAUGAUCAUACCACCAGAACUGUAUGAUCAGAUUGUACAAAUGCAGUUUGCCUCUGAACUCAAUAAUUCAUCGAUAAAUACCGCUACUUCAAUGUCCGGAUCGGUCUCCCCAUCUCCUACGAAUGGAAUGGCAAGCGGAAUUGCUACCAUGUCGUUACAAUCACCGAUACCCGGCACUGGAUCGGAUGAUGGUUCAGAAAUUAGCGGUUCCCCGUUCGCUCCUUCAGCGUCUCCAAUAUUUCCAAGUCCAGAUGCGCAAUACUUUGCACAGCAAAAUUCGUAUCUAUCUCCAACAAUUGUGAUUUCACAAAAUGUUGAUUCGCAAAAUAACGCCGCUGGAACUAUCGAUUUCGUUUACUUGGAUGUGAGCCCAAAUAAUACUUUUGGAGAU